AUGUCUGCUACUACUCCAAUUAUUUACACUGAUUCAUUAUUUGAAUCCCAGGAUUUAUUUGCUCCAGAACAUUCAAUGGUUCCUGUUGCUUCCCCAGCUAAACCAGAAGUUAUCGAACGCGAAUUGAAUUCAGCAUUAGCUGCACCUGCUCCAGUUACUGCUGUUGCUCCAGUCGCUUCUGCUGCUUCUCCAUCACUCGCUGUUCAUUCAAGUGUACUUGACCUGGUGUUUAGUGCUACUAUGGAUGAAUUAGAUCAAACUCCUAUGUUUGAUGAAUUAGAUUUCAUUGUUGAUGGUGCUAAUGUCAAUUCUAAAGAUGAUUGGGUUUCAUUAUUUGGUGCUGAAGAUUUCUCCACCAAUAAUGAACCUUUACUUUCUUUAGAUGAUGAUGUUAAUGCUGCUAUUGAUGAUGAAAAUAUUUUACCAAAAGAUGAUACAUUAUUGAAUAAUACAUCUGAUGCUACAAUUUCAGCCUCAACCACAUCCAAUUCUUCUCCUGAAGUUUUUUCAACUGCUAGUGCCAGCUAUGCUUCUCCACCAGCUACUACUAUUUCUUGUUCAUCCAAGAGAAAGUAUGAUGAUGUUGAAAAGUCUUUUGAAUUCCAAUCUACUUCCACCAAUACCCAAACUCAAUUAUUCACACCAAAUCCUUCAUCUACCUUGCCUACUCCAUUGCUUGACGUUGGUCGUUCCAAGAAGAAAGCUAAGGUUGACCAUUUGGGAUGUGUUACUUACUCUAAAAAGCAAAGAGCACAACCAUUGAAGCCAAUCACUCUUGAAUCUGAUGACCCAAUCACUUUGAAGCGUGCUAAGAAUACCGAGGCUGCUAGAAGAUCAAGAGCUCGUAAAAUGGAAAGAAUGUCUCAAUUGGAAGACAAGGUUGAAGAUUUGUUAAGUGAUAAGAAGAGUUUGGAAUUAGAAGUUGCUAGAUUGAAAGAGUUGCUUUUGGCUAAUGGUAUACAGCCAUGA